AUGAACCAUAGAGAUAUAGAAAUUAAUGAAUUGAAUUUGGCAGUGGAAUCGAAAUCAAACUUCAGCUCUAGAAAUGGCUACAAACAAUUGUCUAUUCCUUUUUCCUUUUCGUGCGGCCGUGUCACCGCGUGGUUCACGUCCGCGUUUCUCGUAGAAACAUUUACAAUGGCUAUCAGACCAGUUUACAGACCAAAAAUCGUCAAAAAGAGGACGAAAAGGUUUAUCCGUCAUCAGUCAGAUCGCUAUGAUAAACUUAAACGCAACUGGCGUAAACCUAGAGGUAUCGACAACAGAGUACGUAGACGCUUCAAGGGUCAGUAUUUGAUGCCCAACAUUGGUUAUGGCUCAAACAAGAAGACCCGUCAUAUGCUACCAAAUGGCUUCCGCAAGGUUCUAGUACACAAUGUACGCGAAUUGGAAAUCCUAAUGAUGCAGAACAGGAAAUACUGUGCAGAGAUUGCCCACGGAGUUUCAUCCAAGAAGCGGAAGACAAUUGUGGAGCGCGCACAACAGCUCAGCAUUAGGGUCACCAACGCAGCGGCGCGUUUACGCAGCCAGGAGAAUGAAUAAACUUUACAAUAAAA